AUGGACCAACAUGCAGUCCCUAAAAACAGUAAGACAUUAGUGCAGCAUCCAAAAGAAAAUUUGAUCACAAGUGUUCCUCUUCUUCAGACGGUUUGGUGGAAUAAGGAGGGCCGAAGUGUUCCUCGUCGGACUGGUCUUCGACGGGUUGGAAGAAGGAGGCCUUCAACUGGAUGGUGGAAGAAGGAGGUCUUCGACUGGAUGCGCGGGCUUCGACUGGAUGGCUAUCUGAGCGAGAGAGAAAGGAGAGGAUCUAAUACACCACUAAACCCAGAGAUAAGAAAGAAACAGAAGAAGACAGAGAUGAGUUCAGCAAGCAGAGCAUGGGUUGUAGCAGGAAGCAUUGGGCUAGUGGAGGCACUGAAAGAUCAGGGUUUCUGCAGAUGGAACUACACCAUGAGGUCCAUAAACCAAUAUGCUAAGUCCAAUCUCAGGUGCUUCUCUCAAGCUAAGAAGCUCUCCCCAUCAUCACCAUCAUCUUCAGCUGUGGUAUUAAGGAAAAUAAGAGAAGAGCAGGCAAACCAAUCUGAGGAGUCUCUGAAGAAAGUCAUGUUCUUGAGCUGUUGGGGUCCCAAUUGACACACACCAGUGGGAAUUAAUAGUCUGCAGAGUCGAAUUCAAUGUCGAAUUGGUUAGCAAGAUGGAGGACUAGUACUGUAAUUAUGAAUUAAAUGUAAAUUUUUGGAGCCUU